UGUUCUGUCAUUUGUUACAGUUGCUGUCAAAAAAAACCAACCGUUGCGGUCCUACGGCGUUUAUUGCAAAAAUAAACGUGUUUCACACUUUAUAGUGUUAUAAUAACAGUCGUGCUUUAACAAUAUUAUACUUUAGUCAAAAUGGAGGUGACUGAUGAAAAUCUGGCCACGUUAGCCAAUUAUUUGCAGCAAACUUUGAGCCCAGAUCCCAAUGUCCGAAGACCCGCUGAGAAGUUUCUGGAAGGCGUAGAGGUCAAUCAGAACUAUGCCAUAUUACUGCUGCACCUGAUCGACAAAGAUGGCGUAGACAUUACCAUCAGGGUGGCCGCUGCCAUCGCUUUUAAGAACUACAUCAAAAGGAAUUGGGCAGUUGACGAAGAUGGUGCCGACAGAAUCCACAUGUCAGACCGGAACACUAUAAAGACGCUCAUUGUGUCUCUGAUGCUGAAGUCCCCUGAAACGAUACAGCGUCAGUUCUCGGAUGCUGUCUCCAUCAUCGGCAAGUGUGACUUCCCGGAGAAAUGGCCAAGCCUCAUCCCGGAGAUGGUUGAGAAGUUUGCUACUGGUGACUUCCAUGUAAUCAACGGUAUCCUAAGGACAGCUCACUCACUUUUCAAGCGAUACCGUUACGAGUUCAAGUCGCAGAAACUAUGGGAGGAGAUCAAACAUGUGCUAGAGAAUUUUGCUAAACCACUCACGGAUUUAUUUGUGGCCACCAUCGACCUCACAACCAAGCACGCAGACAACCCACAAGCGCUCCGGGUCAUCUACGGAUCCCUAGUACUCAUAUGCAAAGUGUUUUACUCUCUGAACUACCAAGAUCUACCGGAGUUCUUCGAAGACAACAUGCCCACUUGGAUGCCCAACUUGCUUAAUUUGUUGCAAGUAAAAGUACCAUGCUUGGAAACUGACGACGACGACGAAAAACCUGGCGUGUUAGAGCAACUUCGCACAGAGAUAUGCGAAUGCGCAGCCCUGUACGCUCUCAAGUACGAGGAGGAGUUCGCACCGCACGCGCCCGGCUUCGUCACGGCCGUGUGGACCGUGCUGCUGGCAACCACGCCGCACCGCAAGUACGACGCGCUGGUGUCCAACGCCUUAACGUUCCUAGCCAAAAUCGCCGAAAAGAACAACUACAAAAGCCUGUUUGAAGACCCCGCCACACUUAGCAGCAUUUGCGAGAAAAUCGUCAUUCCCAACAUGGAGUUUAGAGAGUCAGACAUGGAGUUAUUCGAGGAUAACCCUGAAGAGUACGUGCGAAGGGACAUAGAGGGUUCCGACGUGGACACGCGGCGGCGGGCCGCCUGCGACCUGGUGCGGACCCUCGCCCAGACCUACGAGGACAAGAUGAUGAACAUGUUUGGGCAAUAUGUGCAGCUAAUGCUAGCCAAGUAUGAAGAGUGUGGCGCAUCAGCAUGGCGUGGCAAGGACACCGCCAUGUAUUUAGUGACGUCACUGGCAUCGCGCGGCAGCACUCAAGCCAGCGGCGUGACGCGCGCUUCGCCGCUGGUCGACUUAGCGCAGUUUGCUGCUACGCACGCAAUGCCAGAGUUGCAGAGACCCAAUGUGGACGAACUGCCUGUACUGAAAGCGGACGCCCUCAAGUUCCUCAUGACGUUCCGAACGCUGCUACCCAAAGAGUUGCUGGUCAACGCUCUGCCUCUUAUGGUAGCCCACGUGAGCGCCCGUGGGGUAGUUUGCACAUACGCCGCGUGCGCGGUAGAGAAACUAAUCGCGGGUGGAAUGAUAUCCAAUGCGGCGCUACUACCGCACGCGCCGGCGUUGCUCGAGGGACUUUUUGCUUCGCUCGGCGACGGCAGCGACCCCGCGCGACACAACGAGUAUGUUAUGAAGGCAAUCCUGCGCACACUGUCCUGCUUGCAAGACGCGGCGCUGCCCUAUCUGGGCUCAGCGCUGCCAAAACUCGCGCACAUGUUGUCAGUCGUCGCGAAAAACCCCAGCAAGCCGCACUUCAACCACUAUCUGUUUGAGACAUUGUCGCUGGCUGUCGCGUUGGUGACAAAAUCGAACCCCAACGCUAUCUCGGCCUUCGAAGACGCUCUGUUCCCGAUCUUCCAGGAGAUACUACAAAACGAUGUUCAAGAAUUCAUGCCAUACGUGUUCCAAAUGCUUUCUCUCUUACUGGAGCUUCGCGGCGCGGGCGGUGCUCGCGGCGGCGGUGACAGCGACGCGUACGGCGCGCUGCUGCCGUGCCUGCUCGCGCCGCCGCUGUGGGAGCGCUCGGCGAACGUUCGCCCGCUCGUGCGCCUCGUCUGCGCGUUCGUGGCCGCGCGCGCGCCGCUCGUGCUGCAGAGCGGACGACUGAACGCAAUGCUGGGCGUAUUCCAAAAACUGAUCGCGUCCAAAACGAACGACCACGAAGGCUUCUAUCUAGUUCAAACGAUGCUGUUUAAGUUCGGAGAGUCGGUGAUGCAGCAGUAUUCCAAGCAGAUCAUGACGCUGCUUUUCCAGCGGCUGGCGUCGUCAAAGACCACCAAAUACGUGCGUGGACUCAUCGCCUUCUUAGGAUUCUACGCAGCACACUUUGGGGCUGACAACCUUAUUGACCUGGUCAAUUCCGUGCAGAAUAAGUGA